CUCUACAUAACACCAAAUACCAGUUCUUCACAGACAGUCAGAACUAUUGUCAGGCUGCGAGCGCCUACUACGUCCUCUCAUAGUAUCUGACUAAGGUCGUGUCCGUCGACGUCGUACCGGGCGCUCUGCUGGAGUCCGGCAUAGCUUGUUCACAGCGGAUUUGGUGACCAACCAGUUAAUCGACGUCGAGCUACAGUCAUGGAGGCCUUUGAAGACGACAAUCCAUUCGAGAAUGAUGUCGAUCGUAUAUCCUCUGAGACGUCAUCCACGUCCAGAGUGAACAUUUCUGCUCCAUCCUCUCCACCACCCAGCGCAGCACAUCUCGUGUCUCCAACAAUAAGCUACCACAGCAGACCGUUCCCAUCCCCAGGUACAAGCAAGCAGCCGCAACCUAUGUACAAGACCGACUUCUGCUGCAACAGGGACAGGUGGUUACACUCUGGCGACGACGUCGAAAUCCUUAUAACUGACGCACAGAAGACAACCGUGAACUCUGCUACGCCUUACAUAGCGUACGUGAUCCAAGCAGGGACCGCAGAGGCAAGGCAUCGCUAUUCCGAGUUCGAGUCUCUCCGGUCCAGUCUUGUGAAGCUCUACCCGACUCUCAUAGUCCCGCCUAUCCCGUCCAAGCAGAGUAUUAGCGAUUAUGCAACCAAUCCGUCCAAGGCCAAGGAGGACGCCGCAAUGAUUGCGAGACGCAAGCGCAUGUUACAGACGUUUUUGAACCGCAUUGCACGCCACCCUAUAUUAUCGAACGAACAUGUUUUCCAUCGCUUCCUUGAUGGCGAAGUGUCAUGGACCGAGGUCUUGCAUUCUCCGCCACUGUCUCUCCUUCCAAAGAAUAUCUUGAAGGCCCCUUCACACAACCCAACUGAUCAGAAUGCAUCACCCGCAUACGAGGCAUUGCCUAAUCCGUCUCCAACCUACCCCUUGCGACAUCCAGAGCAGAGGUUCAUGGACUCCGAAGUGUUCACAAACAAGUUUGCAAGCCACCUUAGUGGCCCCAUGGAAAAGGUCUCUCGGCGAAUGCUCAAACGGUGGUCAGAGAGUGCACAUGACUACUCUGAAUUGGGUGCUGCACUCAAUGGUUUUAGUUUAAAUGAAAGUGGUGCUCUUGCUGCUGCGAUCGAGAAGACAGGGCAGGCAGUAGACGCUACUUACAUGUCCACGACAAGAUUGCUGCAGGAGCUCGAACAGAAUUGGGCAGAACCUCUGCACGAGUACACACAAUUUGCCUCCAUAAUUAAGAAACUGCUGGUAUACCGUCAUCAGAAGCACGUCCAGUAUGAAAUGACCAAAGACGUCUUAGAGAAUAAGCGGGAACUCUUGGAGGAGUAUGAGAAGAGUGAGAGGGAGGCAAAGAGGCUUGAAGAGGCGUUGGCACGCGGGCGGGUGAAUGGGCUCUCGCCUCGCCCAGAAGGACAGGAGGAAAAUGAGGGUCUUGACGAACCUGCAUCCGCAUAUCUGCCACCACACCCGGAACCUAAUCCCCACAAGAGGCGUGCACCUGGAAUGGCUUUCUUUAAUGCAUUGAGCUAUACGCUGCAUGGAAUGAUGGAUGUCGACCCUGAAACAGCUAGACGAAACGGUAUCAGCAAAACACGGGAGACAAUCUCCCAGCUUGAGGACGCCCUUCACCUAGCAGCUCAAGACUUGAAAUAUUCUGGCUCCACAAUCCAGGCAGACCUCGAUCGUUUCCAACGCCAGAAAGUUGCUGAUUUGAGAGAGAUGACGAUCAGCAUGGCCAGAAGCCACAGGGAUUGGUGCAAGAAGAACUUGGAAACGUGGCAAGCAGCCAAGAGGGAAAUCGAGAAAAUUCCUAAUCACCCAAACAGCAUGCCCGCCACACAGAGUGGAAAGGGUGCGGCAGGACCAUCGAACACUCGAAGAGAUUCUUCCGCAACGGUGAACGGGAGAUGAAACCCUCACCUUACGUGCCCAUGGACCAGAACCAUGGGCCAGAGACUGACCUUGGAUGUUUCUUUGCUUAGUAUAACCUCAAUUAUAUAUUGACUGCGAUUUCACUUGUUAUUGUGUGCUCUCCGUGGCCGGUCGCAGUGCGGGGUUAGGUUUCAGCAAACACGGCCUUCUCAUGAGAUGUGGGCUUUCGGCGCUUUGCCACUCAGCUGCGUCCGGCAUAUAGCUGUCAUAAUCCGGGAAGCUUCCUAUUAGCCGUUUACAAUGUCCCCGCUGUCUGCAGCAGAAAGAAUAUUUGUUUGCCGCUCAGAUUGACUUCAUUGCACUAUGUCAAACGCUGAU